GGGGCGGAGGGAUCUACACUCAGCACCACGGUUCCUCCCGGUGACGCAGUUGGUUGCUAGGUGUGAAUGAACUGAUGCUUUCUCGCAAUAAGCAGCUCCUCAGUUUACAGGUCGACCACAACAAAGCAACAACUCGUCCUUUUUUGUUGUUGUUGCCGCGCUGCCCCGGAUAUUCCGAGCUCAAACAUGGCUCUUUAAACUCGUGAAGUUGUUGGACCCGAGAAGAAGUCGUGCUUUGCUUUAGCAACGCACCCCCAAGUGCUCUACAUAUUUCUCAGCAAUAAUGGAGUUUCAUUAUGCUCACCCAGCCCUGCUCUCUGUGGCCCAUCUGUCAGACCCCGCUUGCUCCCAGCAUAUGUUUGGACUUGGACUGAAUCAAAGCACCAACAGACAAAAUGAUGGCAACAUCAGCUCCUGUUUGGAAGACUCUUCGUGUCUGCCCGGCAGACCCCCUCGCUCUCUCUCACCCACAGGCUAACCACAGCCAAUCACAGGGGUGCAGGGGGGAGGUGUCAGAGGAGAGUCAGCACUUAAUUGGUGAUGGUCUCACUGACUGGAUGACGGAAGAAGUGGAUUUCUCCUCGUACCUCCCAAACCCUCCUUCCCCUCCCUCCUCCACCAAUGCCUCCCUUCCCCCUUCACCCCUUCAGAAUGAUAUCCAGGUGCCCUCUGACUUGGAGGUCAUGACCUCUCUGCUGCAAGAGGAACUCGCCCAACUGGAGGACUACUUCCUGUCCGAACCACUGCAAGAGAAAGGGCCGAGGCUGGGAAAAUGCGACAGGGGUCCACUGCCGGCGGGUCCUCAGCCGUUCACUCAGCUGCCAUACGCAUCAUACUCUACAUCUAACCAAUCGGAAACCAGCCCACUUCUUGUUACCCUGGCAACGGGAGAACUGGACCUGCUGAGUAUCUGUGGGGGGCCCAUUGGGCGAUCCAAAAUUCCAAGACACGCCCCGUACAGCUGCAGUCGCCCCAGUGGGUGUGGUAGGAAAAGGGUUCCUGAUGGCGUGAGGUUCAGUGAAGGCUAUGAUAACAGUUUGUUGAGUUCCAAAGGAUGUAACUCAGGUAACUCAGCGGUGACCCUCACCGGUAGCUAUGGCUGCGUAGAGGACGAUCAGCUGGUAGGGAAGAGCUACUGUCUGGGCAGUGCAGUCGAGGUCAGGAGAUGUGCCGUUCUACCAAAAGACGAGAAGAAUUGCUGCUUCAGUCAAGAUGUCAUAGGUGGUGCGAAGGUUGUUGGUGGUGGAUUUGGCUUUGGUGGAUCACUUGAUGCCUCACAUAAGAAAGAGGAUCUGCUGAUGUAUAGCAUGAGAGAGGUCAGCGGAGGCACCAGUAACAACGAGGUGCUUAAUACUAUCAAAGCUAGUGUGGAGGUGACAAAAGCCAGCGUUUCUUGGAAAUCGGAGAUCAGCGAAGGUUGUUACCUUCCAGCAACAUCGCAGUCUGAGGCCUAUCACAGCUUCUUAGGCAACAUCAACGAGCAGGUGAAAUCAGAGAGUUUGCAGAUAGCGCAACACGAUUUACACUGCAAUUUCUUGGAAGAUCAGGGCCCAGAGUGUCUUUUAAUGUCGAGAGAGAGUCUGACCUUGGAGUCUUCAGGGUGCAGACAAGCAUGCAGGGUGAAGGAUGAUCACUGUGCUUUGAAAUACGAAGUGGACGACAUUCCAGCUGUAGGUGGAGAGCGCAAACAGAAGAAGAGAGAUCAGAACAAAACUGCUGCUCACAGGUAUCGCCAGCGAAAAAGGGCGGAGCUAGAUUCUUUGGAGGAACAGUUGCACUGCCUUGAAGGGAGGAACCGGGAGCUCCGGGACAAGGCAGAGUCGGUAGAACGUGAAAUCCAGUACGUCAAAGACCUGCUGAUCGAAGUUUACAAGGCCCGCAGCCAAAGGCACAAGCAGGACACGACAGCGUAACACCAAGCUCCUGCAAGUACAUUUAAAGAGGGUGUAACAGGGAAAAUGUUUGUGUCUUUAAGAUGAUUUUUUUUCUUUCUUUUUUUUUUUUUCAUGGCGGGCAGGAUGUACAUGCAUGCUUUGCUAAUGUGAAUUAUUUUUUAACAUUUUAAAUCAACACUAUCAAAUGCUUCCAUUGCUUCCGCACUCUGAUCUCUCGAGCCUGCACUGUGGCAUUGCAAUGCUUUAAAACGACAAUCAUUCUUGAUAGAUCGCGCACUGCGUGAAUCUACUAAUUGAUCUGGGGUUAUUUCUGAAGAAGUGAUGUUACUCAUUAUGCAGGUUUGAUAUUUUUAAAUAGCCUUACAUUGGAAUUGAUGUCAGCAAUAGAAUUAAAUGUUUUAUUUCUAUUUUUUUGUUUUUACUGUCCAUCGCUGUCUCAGUGGUCAAAUAUGUUGUCAACAUUUGAAACAGCGUCAUUCCAUUUUUAACGCAUCUUUCAAACCAAAUACUUUUCUAGAAUCGUUAACAGCACCCUUGAUCAGCGAAUUAUAUUUCAAACACUAUGAAUAUUUUACAUCAUUAGGACUGCGGUUGAAGUUGACUUUGACGACUGCGGAUAGAGCCGCCGAUGUAAACGAGGACAAAAAGCUUUUUUUAACACUGUUUUUUAUCAUUUUAAUAUUGUGACUUUUUCUUUGACAGAGCGUUUGAUUGACUUCAGGUUUAAUACAGCACCACAUAUGUUUACAGCAUUGAUUUAAUUGCCCCCCCCCCCCCUUGUUCAUGUCUACAUGUUCCCCUGCUUUGUUAAAACAUUACUUUAUCUGCUGUAUUUACAUUUGCUUUUUUCCUGUUAUUUGCAUUACUUUAAAUGUAACAAAUCACUUGUUUUUGUCCAGUGUCCAAAUUAUACAUUCUGUGACCAAAAGAGAACUGAUUUAUCAUUUGCACUGUUUUGAAGGUGGAAACUUCAAUUUAUUGUUUUUGGCAAUUUGUAAAAACAAACAAACAAACAAACAAAACAAUUAAAACAAGGUCUUCUUUUGCAUAUAUAUUGCAAGUAAUACAAUGUGUUUUGCAGCUCAGGAUAUGCAACUUGUCCACCACCCAGUCCUACAAGUAAUAAUGGAUGAUUUAUGGCAGGAGACUACAGACUUCUCUUUCCUUUAACAUGGUGAAGAUUUUACUUCUCUCUACAUCUUCCGGAGGUAAAAAAAAAAUAAAAAUUUAAAAAAAAAAAAAAAAAAAAAGUUUUCCUGAGGCUAUUGUACAAAGAUUGUAAGUAGUGGAGUUUUAAGAGCCUCCAUGUGCAUGUUUUCCCAUCUCUUCUCUCUCUUGGAAUAGGAAAUGUAGGAUUUCAGAAACGAGUCGGGUAUUCUUUUCUCUAAACUGCUUAUAAUAAAGGCAAUAAGUUUUUCUAGGCCUCUGGCUGAUCUGCACUAAUUUGUAACAACUUUUGUAUGUUCAGGGAUUGGAGUGUGUUAGCCUUUUUUUCUUUAUAGGAAAAAAACAAAUCUCAUUAGAUUAUUUGUCGAGGCUUUUUUGCAGUUGGUGGCUUUGGUGGAAGGAGAUAGGCUCUAAAUUAUUUUUCACGUCAUUUGUCGCUGAGCAGAUAACAGCUACUGUUACUUAAAAAAAAAA